AUCCUCUCACACACACAGGGAUGGGUCUUCCCGCCGCCGCCACGCAGAGCCUCGUCUGAAGGCUCUUGCUCGAAGCCCGCGUCGAGAGGUGUGGAUGGGUUGGUGGGGAGACUCCGCUGCUCAUCAAAGGCAUGACAAGAAACCUCGUAUCUCUUCACCCAGAGAGAAGGGGAGGGUUAAACAAACCCAGUCACCGAGUAUAAUGAAGACAGAAAUUUAUACAUGUUUAGGUUUCAUCUAAUUCAAAUGAUUUAGUGUCAGUCGGCGCUUAAAGUAAUAGAUGAGCUUCCAAAGGCGAGCAGUCACGAUGGGGCGAAUGGCCGGCUCCCGCUUCUGUACAUUAUUCAUGAUACUGAACAGAAUGAGAGGAGACAAUUAACAGUGGGCCAGGGGUCACUUGUUUAAGACAAUUCAAGACUAGAAACUACAUUAGGGUAAGCCCGCCCUAACAGGGUUAGGCGCAAAAUGCUCUGCGGGUCAGGCACCAUCUCUGGAGAACAUGGGGAGGUGACUUUUCCAAUUGGGACCCUUUUUCCCAUUGUCUUUGGAAUGGCUGUGGGUGCAGAUCGAGCGGCAAUAAGCACAAGGAUAUUGAACAACGGUUUGAAGGCAAAGAAUACCAGGGACUAUAUCGGUGCAGGCUCGAAGGGCCGAAUGGCCUACUCCUGCACCUAAUUUCUAUGAAAUAUAAAAAAUGAUGAGAGGCGUUGAAAAUAUAGGUAUUCAGAAUCUUUAUGUUUCCCAGGGUGGAAAUGUCAAGAAUUAGAGCGCAUAGCUUUAAGGUGGGAGGGAGAAUGUUUCAAGGAGUUGUGCGGGGAGAAACGCAUUGCCCGAGAUGGUGUUUAAUGACGGUUUAGAUAGGCACAUGGAUAUGCAGGGAAUAGAGGGAUAUGGACCAUGCUUUGCUUGGGCGUUGGGGGCAGAAUUACUGCUCCAUGCUCUAUGUAAAGAAGGGAUGCAGGAUUAACUGGAUCAACCAUUUGGGGAGGGGGGAUUUAAUGGGAACUCGGGGGGUUAUGUCUUUACACAAAGAGUGGUGGGCGUAUGUAACAAACUGCCGGAGGAGGCAGUCGAGGCAGGUACUAUCGCAGCGGUUAAGAAACAUUUAGACAGGGAUAGGACAGGUUUAGAAGGAUAUGGGCCAAAAGCAGGCAGGUGGGGCUAGUGCAGAUUAGGACAUUUUGGUCGGCGUGGGCGGCACGUUGGGCCGAAGGGACAUUUUCCACGCUAUAUUACUGUAUGACUCGAUGAAUCUAUAACCAGUAUGGGCACGACGGGCCGAAGAACGAUUUAAAUCGCGAACAUACAUAUAGAGUGGUUUACCGAUGUGGUUUAAUAAAGUGAGCGGGUCGAGGGUUAUGCAAAGUAUCGGACGCUCGUGCAGAGUUGGAAAGCUCCGUGUGAUUCACCUCCGGGCUGGGGGCGGAGAAUUACAACUGGACAAAAACUCUUCCGAUAUUUCUUAUUGGAAGAGGACCAGCGAUACAGAUCUGUUGUUUGCUCGAUGUCGAGGAAGUCCAAUAAAUGGGCGCGAUGGGGUGUCAAGAUAAGUAAAUGAGAAGACCUGACGUAAGGAGGAAGAUGGAACUCGCUUAUAAAUAGGAGCGGCGGGAGGACGGGCUGGCUGGCAAGUGGCAGAAACUUGCAGGGCGCCUCGAUGAUGCCCACGUCGAACCCCUCGUCCGCCAGAGGCUUCCGCAGGGCGGUCUCUGAACUGGACUCCAAGCAAGCCGAAGCCGUGACGUCUCCCCACUUCAUCGGACGCAGGCAGUCGCUGAUCGAAGAUGCGCGGAAGGAACGGGAAGCAGCCGCUGCUGCCGCCGAGUCAGCGGAUUCUGGGGACCAGCUGGUGUUCGAGGAGAAGGAUGGCAGAGCUAUGGUUAACCUGUUCUUCACUCUCCGCUGCAGCAAGGGAUCUGCUCUCUCCCGCACGCUCAAAGUGUUCGAGACCUUUGAAGCUAAGAUUCACCACAUUGAAACAAGGCCAUCCAAGAAAUCUAAAUAUAACCCGGAGAUACUCGAAUUCUUCACCCGUUGUGAAACAAACAGCUCAGACAUCAGCACCUUGGUCAGUUCCUUGAAAAGAGUUGCUGAAGAAGUGAAAACAACAAAAGAAGAGAAAUAUCAUUGGUUUCCAAAAAAGCUAUCAGAUUUAGACAGAUGCCAUCAAUUGGUUUCCAAAUAUGACCCGGACUUGGAUUUCGAUCACCCGGGUUACUCUGACGUUAAGUACAGGGAGCGACGGAAGCAGAUUGCAGAAGUUGCUUUAAACUAUAAAUAUGACAAUCCAAUCCCCAGAAUAGAAUACACCGCAGAGGAAAUUGCAACUUGGAGAGAAGUGUACACAAACCUGAAGACUCUGUAUCCAACACAUGCUUGUUCAGAACAUCUAGAGGCUUUCAGGCUACUGGAGAAGCAAUGCUUCUACACUGAGGAUAAUAUCCCUCAACUUGAGGACGUUUCCUGCUUCUUGAAAGAACACUCGGGGUUUCAGCUGUGGCCCGUGGCUGGCCUUCUCUCCGCCCGAGACUUCUUAGCAAGCCUUGCGUUCCGAAUCUUCCAGUGCACGCAAUACGUCAGGCACGCCUCCUCGCCAAUGCACACUCCUGAGCCGGACUGUUGUCAUGAGCUACUGGGACAUGUGCCGAUCCUGGCUGACAAGAUAUUUGCACAAUUCUCUCAGAACAUUGGCCUUGCCUCGCUGGGAGCCACGGAAGAGGAAAUUGAAAAGCUUUCCACGCUUUACUGGUUCACUGUGGAGUUUGGACUGUGCAAGCAAAAUGGAGAAGUCAGAGCGUAUGGAGCUGGUCUACUAUCGUCCUACGGUGAACUAAUUCAUUCCCUCUCCAAUGAGCCUGAGCUACGGGAGUUCGACCCUGUGGGUGCAUCAAUCCAGCCCUAUCAAGAUCAGACGUACCAGCCGGUGUAUUUUGUAUCUGAAAGUUUCAAUGACGCUAAAGACAAACUGAGAAAAUACGCUGCUAAUAUUAAGCGUCCGUUUUCAGUGAAAUACGACCCAUUUACCAAGACAAUGGAAGUAUUGGACAAUCCACAGAAAAUUAAGAAGUCAUUGGACGGUCUGAAGGAUGAACUGAAGAUGCUGGCUGAUGCAUUGGAUAUGUUAUCCUAACUUUCUGUACCACACCCAUUAUAGAAUGCAGUUGUGCUUCUUUCUAUACCACUGUUGCAUUGUCAGCUUCAUUUGUGAGUCAGGGCUCUUAGCUCUCAUUUUAGCCUAACACUGUAUGCUGUUGUACUAAUAUAUAGAUAAAGCAAAUGGAGGGUUUGCUUCACUGUCAAUGCCGGGUGGAUUUAUCUUCUUUUGGAUCUUCAGCAGUGCUAUACUAGAAAUGUUGUGUGUGUGAUGGUGUGUGUGUGUGUGUGUGUGUGUG